ACCUCGGUUUUCUACCAUCAUCUCUUUAACUUACCGGACCUAGUGCGCAAAUCACUUUCCUCCGACAGCAGCCUACCAUGUCAACUCACCCUGGAGACACUUCUCGGAAGCCAUCAGGCUCAUCGACACGCUCGUCUGGACACUCUCCCUCAGCUUCGCCGAAUAACUCACAGAGGAACCUGACUCCAACAACAGCGAAUAUGUUUGGCGUCGCAAUGGCCGGGGCCUCCGGACUCAAGGGCCUCAAUUCAGGUUGGCAGGUAUGGGGAUCAACGACACCGGCGUCAAAGAGGAAUGCAUCGAUAUCCUCUGCUGCAAGUGUGACCGACCUCUCACCAUCACAGGCCGAGAGUGGUUACCGAGGAAAUCUGGGAGAAAGCUGGAGUGCGCCAAGGCCGUCCAGCGGAACCUGGGAUGAGCUGAGUGGAAGUCCUCAAAAGAAGGAAUUCUCGCAGUUGGACACCAAUUCCCCCUUGUCCCUGCAUCAUGCUCGGCAAAGGCAAGCAACCGCAGCGCAAGCAGCCGCGUUGUCAGGCCCAAGAGUCGUAGGUGUUCUCAAUGAAUCUCAAAGGCGUGCUAAAAGAUCUCAAGGACGAUCGCUCUUCGGCAAAGGCCGGACAAUUCUCUCCGCAGAGGUUCGACAAUGCUCUCGGAAAGGAAACUGCGGUCUCCAAUAGAUAUGCGGCUUCUUCAAAUACAUCGGGCUAUGGAUCGUCUGCCUUCGGUGGUCAAAAUGGUGGCUUUGACUCCUUGCAGUCGAGGACGAUCACGU